GGUAGCGUUGUGAUUGACUUGAUGCAACAACCGAUGGCGCUAGCUUUGCACUGACAGUUAACUUUAACACCUUUGUCCAACAUGAAGAUAUCAAUGGUUUUAUUGAAAUCAUGACACAAAUCCGAGUAUUUUUUACAGAGUACUAUAUGUGUCAGACAGUAUUCCGGCUCCGGUGAUUCUGUCUUUUGAGAGCCUUGUACAAAAGACGUUAGCUAGUUAGCUUCAGCUAUCUGACGCUAACGGUAACCAAAGCUACGUGGCUAGCUACCUCAGUUUGCGUCACCUUAUUUUAGUGUUUCGAUUAUAAUGGAUGACGAUUUAUUGCUCGCAAUUCGGCUUCAGGAGCAGUUUGACAAUGAAUACGAGACAUCAUCAUAUUCAUCAAACGUCUUUGAUGAUAAUGGCUUCGGACAAAGCAGUAAGAAACGGAAAGUGGAGGUUGCUGGAGGUGGCAGCGAUGUUGUUCCCUACUGGAAGCCGACUGCCCAGCCCGAGAGGCCGCUGUCCAUCGUGGACGCGACCUGGGAGACGCUGGACCCCAAUCCCGAUGUCAGAGCCAUGUUUCAGGAGUUCAACAACACGUUCUUCUGGGGGAAGCUUUGUGGUGUCGAGGUUAAGUGGAGCCCAAGAAUGACACUGUGUGCUGGUGUUUGUUCUUAUGAGGGCAGAGGUGGUUUGUGCUCCAUCAGGCUCAGUGAACCUCUGCUGAAGCUUCGACCAAGAAAAGACCUGGUGGAGACUCUGCUUCAUGAAAUGAUUCACGCGCUGCUGUUUGUGACCCAGAACAACAGAGACCGAGACGGUCAUGGCCCUGAGUUCUGCAAACACAUGAACAGGAUCAACAGCGCCACUGGGACAAAGAUUUCUGUCUACCACAGUUUCCACGAUGAGGUCGAUGUGUACCGGCAGCACUGGUGGAAAUGCAACGGGCCCUGUCAAAAUCGAAAGCCCUACUUGGGCUUUGUGAAAAGGGCCAUGAACCGAGCGCCGUCUGCUCAGGAUCCCUGGUGGGAGGAUCACAAGAGGACGUGCGGAGGGACCUACGCCAAGGUCAAGGAGCCUGAAGGAUACGGUAAAAAAGGCAAGAAGGACGGGAAGAAGGACGGGAAGACCUCAGAGAAGGUGGCCUCAGAGAAGGCCAGAAGAAAGCCUUCAAGUACAACGACAGGUUCUGCAUCACAGGACAUAAGGAACCUUAUUCCAUUUAGUGGCAAAGGCUUUCUACUGGGAGGGAAGUCGCAGUCCUCCACGUCUUCCUCCCCACCUUCCUCUCCAAAGAAGCUCUUCACCCCUUCAUCUCUCAAUUCUCCUGUUGGCCUGGCUAACAAAGGAUUCCCGAGCACCUUUCCCUCCAUCAGACCAGCUACCUCCACGGGGAAGAAGCCACCUAGGAAGAAGUCCGUCGGCAACACCAGAGCUUUUGUCAACAUCAACGGCUCGCCAGUGAGAAUCACCAAAUCCCACAUUAGCAGCAACCGCAACCAAGAAGCAGAUCAAAUCAAACAGAAGUCCAUUGAAGAACUCUUCAGCAGCACAAGGUCAGCGAGUCAGUCCUCCACCUCCAACACAGAACUUAAAAGAGAUUCACCGAGCAGCGCAGUGAGUGCUACCUCUGCGUCUUCCAUCUUCACUAAACGGCCAAAUAACAAUUCAGCUUCCUCUCUCAGAACAUCUAAACCUAGUCCCAGUAAAUCCAGCCAUUCUGUAGUUUCAACAGGAGCCAAAGGCAGCCCUGCUAAACCAACACAGUCCACGUAUUUCAGUCAUUCUAACAGUGACGGUACAUCAGGAGCUGCUGCCGCCACUCAGGUGUCGAGGAAGAGGCCGUGGGACGACCGGGGAAACUCAUCCAGCAUCUCUGACUUCUUCCACAAGACGUUAGGCAGCGAUUCAGCCGCGUCGAGGGAGCCGGGGAAGACCAAAUCACCCGCAAUGCAGCAAAGAACUGCCACCACAUCCUCCUCCUCUACUUCCUCCUCUACUUCCUCCCUCCAUUCCUCUGCAGGGCUGCACAGUUUUACCCCCUCCUCUUCCUCGUCUUCCUCGUCUUCCUCCUCUGCGCUGAUGGUCAGCUGUCCUGCGUGCCAAGCGAAGGUGCAGGAGUCAAAGAUCAACGCACAUCUCGACUCCUGCCUCUCCUGAAUGAGCAGGAAGUUUAAGUGAUUUCAUCUGAAUCUACUUUUUAGUUUCUCAACAAAGGGACAUUUUGUAGCAACAGACUGCAUUGUUUUCUUUGUGGUCGUCAGUAUUACCUCACUGUGCUGACUACACAUACGUUAAGUGCCUUAGAGAACAGCCGGGUUUAACAGAUAAUUCAGUGAGUUAAUUGACUUUUACUUGAAUUAAUGGAAAAAAACGCAACUUUUUUAGGGGGCGAGUACAAGUUGGUGUACCGGAAACUGAAGCGUACAUUACAUUACUUUCUAUCAUACUGAUCAGUUCUGUGGGUGCUGGUCUCCUUUACGUUGGACUAUAUUUGAAAGCUAUAAUCACAGUAUUCCAACGACGCAUUAAUGAGAGUUCAGUAGAUGUGAGAGUCGACCAGCUGUGGUUUGAAUCCAGUCGCUGCCGUGUUCUGUGUGUAGAAGGUUAUUUUUACUUCCUCUACGCUGUCUGGUUCCUGUAGUGGGAUGUAUCCUCCACCUCUAAUCUGCAUGUGCUGCCUGACCUCUGCUGAUCUGUGGGAAUCAGAUUUCAAGCGUGCCAGCUAUUUAUUUCUGCAGCGUCUUUGCAUUUACACUACAGGAGUCGGGCCGUGCACGGGCCUCUGACCGUGACUCGUACUGCAGUGAUACUGAUGUACUUUAACUCUGAGGAUGCUGUUGUUGACAUUUCUGUAUGUUUAGAGUUCAAAAUGUGGAUUUUAAUGCUACAACAUGAGAAUCUUAUUAUGUAUAUUCCAUUUUUAUAUGUUGUUUGUUUUUGAGGAAAUAUGUUUCGAUUUUGUUGCCAAAUAAAACAUUUUUAUUGUUCUAUUUAAUAUUUUGUAAGGAGAGUAAUUCAUCUAACAAUUAGUCAUCACAUCUAAUGAUAAAAAUAAUAAAUGGCUUAAGGUAUCUGCAUCAUCAGACCUAAAUGUCUUUUAGAAUGCAUGUAAACAACAACAAGCCCGCUGUGAUCGCCCCCAUAUUAAAAAUGUAAAUAUGUCUGAAAAUAAAACCACAUGUAAUUUGCA